AUGAAGAACACCGGGAGGUUAUGGAGACCUGUUCUCCGGGCGCAGCGUCGGGCCUUCUCGUCAUCGUCGCGCCUGCUAGACAAUUACGCCUUCAUCGGCCUGGGACAGAUGGGAUAUCAGAUGGCGCGAAACCUUCAAGCCAAGUUGCCGCCGAGUGAUACCAUCCGCGUCUUUGACAUCAACAAGGCAGCCGCGGAGAAGUUGGCGCAGGAGAUGAAGGCGCAACAAGCCGGCGGCGCGGCCGCUCAAGUGGCCACAAGCGCGGGAGAUGCGGCGAGGGACGCGGACGCAGUCAUUACCUGCUUACCGGAACCGAACCACGUCAAGUCGGCCUUCGAAUCUAUCCUCUCGGCCCACAAUGCUGCCCAGAAAGGCGAGCUCCACAGUCGGCCCAAACCGCGGCUCUUUAUCGACUGCUCUACGAUCGACCCUACCUCGUCACGAGAGGUCGCCGCAGCCGUGUCCUCCGCCCUGCCGAACGGCCAAGGCAAUUUUGUCGACGCGCCCAUGUCGGGUGGGGUUGUCGGAGCUACCGCUGGUACGUUGACGUUCAUGCUAGGCGCGCCAGAAUGUCUGCUCAGCCGCAUUGAGCCGAUCCUUCUCAGGAUGGGGAAGCGGGUGCUGCACUGCGGUCCGCAAGGGGCCGGUCUCUCGGCCAAGCUUGCGAACAACUACCUGCUUGCGAUUGAGAACAUCGCGACGGCAGAGGCCAUGAAUCUUGGCGUAAAGUGGGGCCUCGACCCGAAGGUUCUUGCCAGCGUUAUCAACGCCAGCACUGGAAGGUGCUGGCCGAGCGAAGUCAACAAUCCCGUGCCCGGUGUCGUGGAAACCGCGCCGGCGUGCCGGGAUUAUACAGGAGGCUUUGGCAUCGGCUUGAUGCGCAAGGACUUGAGGCUGGCCAUCAUCGCGGCGAAGGAGGCUGGCGCUGAGCUUCCUCUGGCCGAGAAAGCGUCAGAAGUGUACCAGGCCGCCGAGGCGGAGGAGAGGUGUAAGGGACGUGAUUUUUCAGUUGUGUAUCGGUGGCUGGGUGGAAAGGAGUAA